UGCUUCAUCGACCGGUAUCCACCACUUGAAACCUGUCACUGAAAUCACCGCGCCUUUCAGCAUGCGUGCCUCAAGCUUGCUUCCUGCUCUGUUGGCAGCCAUCCCUGCCGUGUCUGCUAGUGGCACUCUGGGACUCUCCAUAGGUGAUAAAAAUGGUGACUCCAGCUGCAAAUCUACGAGUGAUUACGAAGCCGACUUCGAUGCCCUCAAAAGUGUGACGACUCUAGUCCGCACGUACUCGGCCAGUGACUGCAAUACGGCUCAGAAUAUCGUCCCGGCUGCCAAGGCCAAGGGAUUCAAAGUCGUUUUGGGAGUCUGGGCGGACUACGAUCAGUCUUUCGACCAGGACUUCAACGCCCUUAAGCAAAUUGUCCCUGGAAAUGAAGAUGUUGUGUCUGCCAUUACCGUGGGCUCUGAGGUCCUCUACCGCGGAAGUCUCUCUGCGCAGGCACUCCUGAGUAAAAUCCAACAAGUGCAGAACCAGUUCCCAUCAGUCACCGUUGGCACCGUUGACAGCUGGAACAAAUUCGCGGAUGGCACUGCCGACCCCAUCAUCCAAGGAGGUGUCACUUACCUGUUGGCCAAUGGAUUCGCCUACUGGCAGGAUGUAGACAUCAACAAUGCUCCCAGUACCUACUCGUCUGACAUGACGCAGGCGGAGGAUCAUAUUAAGCAGGUUGCCGGAGCUAAUGCGGGCAAUAUUCGCUUUGGAAACGGGGAAACCGGCUGGCCCACCGAUGGUGGAUCCGAUUACGGUGCUGCUAAAGCUGGUACCCAGAAUGCCGCGCAGUAUUACAAAUCGGCUGUUUGUCCCAUGCUGCAGAAGGGAACCGACGUCUUCUAUUUCGAGGCCUUCGACGAGGUGUGGAAGCCCAACAGCACGGGAGACAACGGCCAGUCCAUGGAUGAGAAACACUGGGGUCUUUUCACUGCCGACCGCCAGCUCAAGUUCGACGUGACCUGUUGAAACACGAACUAGAAUAAGUCUGAUGCUGCACUUCUAAAAGUCUGACGCACAGUGACUUGAUUUGUUACAUAUGUAUCUAUUAUUUCUCAGACAGCCUUCGCUGCACUGUAUGUAUACUGCAUCGAUAUAUGUUUAACAUCGAG